AUAUGUCUACCGAGUUUUCGACGAACCUCAAAACAAGCCUCUUUCUAUACCCCACCGUGUUUUUCCAGCUUUUCUCGAUACUCUCUUCCCUGCCUACAACAAUACCUCAGACCUAAAUUUCACCUUUUCAUUUUUUUUAUGAUAUGAUAUUUAAACAUUUAACAUGCUUCGGUACUUGUGCUGUUUUUCAAUCCGACGUGUUAAAAGCAAAAUUAACAGAAAAAAAAUUACAAUUGUACUUAAUAAAAGUUUUUAGUUAAACAAAAUAAUAGUGAAAACUCCAAAACCGUUGCCCCGCAACUUUCUCCUAUUGCUCUUCUAGCUUUCCAUUUGAAACCUCUAUUUGGCGCGUAUCUCUGAAUUUUAAUCCCCCAGGUUGUUAACUUGCAUCGACCUUUGCCAUCAACUUAUGUCUGGCCCACUUGAUCAUAACCAUUGACCCUUCUUGCUAUAGCGUCACAGCAGUCAUAACAAAAUCACAGAUUUGCACAAAUGCAACGCUAAUCAAUUCCCAGCGCAAGGUGGACAGUCUGUGUAGUCGUUGGACUUCUAGCAAAGAGCAAUGCACUAUAGAUUCAGUAGUUACUACUUACUUUUAGUUAUUGUGUCAUCAAUCUAUAUUUUCUUUUACGUGGCAGUCACGAAAAGACAGUUUCUAAGUUUUAUGCUUGUAUACACGCGAAAACGCACGAAUUAUGCAGAUUGCUAUUCUUCGCUAGCGAUUUCGACCGACUACGGACAAUCAAAUGUUAGUUUUGUGUCACAGAAACUUUUGCGUGAAAAUAAGCAGAACACCGUUUCGGACACAAACGGAAGCUUGUCAGUUAUUGCAGCUGGAGCUGUUAAAAGAAAGAUCGCGUGCAAGAUUCCGCAGAUCGACCCGUUUCACAAUCUUGCACUCAAAGAGCUAAAAGACGUCGGCAAAAUCACUUGCUCCAAAAAGAGAUUAGCAUCUGUCCAAAACGGUACUUUGGUUUUAGGGGUAAGCAGUAUUCGGUACGCCCACUAUCAGUUUAUCCAAAGACCCAAAGACAACGAUCUAGAGUACAUGCUUUCCGAUCCUGUACAACUGGUGGAGCCUGUUGUGGUUUUCGUUACCCCAGGAAGCACUGGUUGUCUUGUCACAAAAGACAACAAAGUCAUAUUAUUUGAAGGAGGUGAGCACAUCUCUGUAUCCAGCAACUGCACACCUGAAGGGUUCCUCGAUGUUGGCCAUGAUGGUAGAAUUCGUGAUCUCAAUGGGAACUUUCUCACUGCCCGGCGUUGUGACCAGGAAAGAUGCCUGUCUGAGUUUACGCGUGAACCCCCUUCAAUGCCUUUCGAAUUUCGCGAAGACGGUGUCAUUGUCUUGUCUGGUACAUCUAUGUGUCUCAGUCUGGUGAAUGAUGUCUUUGGGGACUAUGACGAACUUGUCUUUGAAAAAAACUGCAGUGUGCAAGCAACCAAGUGGCUAAUGCACCACUUUCCAGAAAAGGAUAUUAUUGCCACAGCAGACUUAAAAGAGGAUUUUUUGAAGCUAGUUGUCAUUCAGCAGAAGGUGGUUCAUACAGAAUACCAUGCAAAUGUUAUUCCAAAGUCAAAUGAACCAGAAAGCCACCAGAGCAGUGACAUGUUAAUGCAUGAAUAUAACGUGGCUUUAAUAAUGCUUGAAUCACAAUCAGCUGCCAAUGUACAACGAAAAAUGCCGAAAACUUUCAAGUAUCUACAGGGGACUGACAAUGCUUUUAUUUUCAAUAGUCACACGAUCGUAGGAGAUGGCACGACUGAUCAGCUUUGUGCCAUGCUCAUUGGGAAGCUGGAACUGAAUCUUCCCAGUGCCUUGAAGAAUCUGCGAAAUGCUGUGACCGUUGAUAAAUGGCCAUUUAUAUUCGCUGAUUUUCAUGACAAAAACUAUACAACUUUCUAUAGUGAAGAUGACAUUCUCUUUUCAGCGUUUAAUUACAGGCUGAUCGGCUUCAAACGCGCUCCAGCUGAUCACUACGCACGUGUUUUCUGGCUUUCUACCGCAGCAGCUAACGACGAUUGGCAAUGCGUAGGCGAUUCACCGGUGCAUAAAGUCAACCUCGCCUAUACUGAAAGUUUUUUUGAUGCAUAUCCUAAAAAACCCAAGUUUUCAGUUACUGUCAUGUCAGCAAUUUCCCACAAUAACCUAAAUAAUAUUCAGUUUGUUGACGAGGACCUUUUCAACUUCAUUAAGAGUAUGAAAGUGAAAGGUCACCUCAAAGAUACCUUUUUGUUUAUUGUCGGAGACCAUGGCCUAAGGGCUUCGAGUUUUAGAGCCUCAUUUGCAGGAUGGCUUGAAGAGAGGCUACCCUUUUUCGCGCUCUUGGUCCCCGAUUCAUUUCUUAGCAAAAGCCCACUAAAACGGUGGAAAAUUCGCAAAAAUACCGGCGUUUUAACAUCGCAUUUUGAUAUUUACUCAACAUUUCAUGAAAUUCUGUGGCCAAAUCAACAGCAAAACAACACAAUUGGAAAAAGUUUACUCUCUAAAAUUGAUCGCGAAUCGCGGACAUGUGAAAUGGCGGGAGUUGGUCAUCACUGGUGUCCUUGCAAUAAUCUGAAGCCUCUUGAAUACAUUAGUGAAAGACAUAUAAAAGUCGCAGAAGCUGUUGUGCAGAUUAUUAACGCUAAGAAAAACAGUGUCCCGGCAGGUAAGGCGAAAUGUGCCGAGCUCCAGUUGGACCAAGUCAAGAGGAUAUCUUACAAAGACAUGGAUGAAGAGUUGGUUGAGAAAGAUUUCAACCAAACAGAGUACGUAGUUGUUUUUAUGGCAAAACCAAGCGGUGCAAUCUAUGAAGCAAGCGUUCUACGUAGAUACCCUGAUAAAUUCAUUGUCAGUCCAGACAUAAGUAGACUGGAUUUGUACGGCGAGCAACCGAAAUGUAUAGUUAAUAAGUAUCCAAAUUUGAGGAAGUUUUGCUAUUGCAUAGAAAGCACUAACAUGUAA